AAACCACUUCCCCAGUUGAACCCACCACUUUCUUACUUCUUCUUCUUCGUCGUCGUCUUCCUCUUUCUCUCUCUCUCUUUCUUUAAUUUCUAUUCGUAUAAGAAAUGGAUAACCCACACCCCCGUGAAUUGACUUUCUUACCCUCUAGGGACGUCAAAGAAGUGGAUUUCUUCUCAUCAUCAUCAUCAACUGCUGCCGAUCAUCAUCGUCAUGGCACCACCACCAACAACGCUUCAUCCUUCCCUCAUCACCCUGUAAACACUGGGCUGAACUUAACGUGUGCAACUACUGGAAUUUCAACUUCAAAGGGAUCACCUAAUGCCGAAAAUACUGAAUCCGAGAGGAAAAUGGUGGAAGGUGAAUUACGGAGACUGCAAGAAGAGAAUAGAAAGCUGAGAAGUAUGGUGGAUCAGAUCGCCAAAAGCUAUAGCCAACUGCAGGCACAGCUCUUCAUGGCUUUGCAGAAACAAAAGCUUACUCAUCAUCAGCAGAAUACUGGUGUCAAGAGCAAUGGGAUGAUAAGUGGAGAAAAAGCUGUGGAGGGAGAUGGAAGGGCGAAAGUAGAGAUGAAGAAUAACGAUGCUUCGGUGUCUGGUGAUGAAAAGAGAGAAAGAGAGGUAUCAGCAUCAAACAAUAAUGGUAAUAAUGCAGAGGAAGUAAUGUCAAAGAAGCAUGAUGAGAAUGAUGAUCAUAAUGAAGAUGAUGAAGAUCGUUUGACUAAGCUUCAUUUGGGAAAGCAAGUAGCAGCAUCUGCUACAGAAGAAGACGUCCUUGAGCGAUCUUCUUCUCAGAGUUGGGGAUCAUGCAAGACUCCCAACUUAGAAGAAACCAAGCUUCCUUCUUCUGACCUUCCUUUCAGGAAAGCCAGGGUUUCAGUGCGCGCAAGAUCAGAAGCUCCUCUGAUUAGCGAUGGAUGCCAGUGGAGGAAAUACGGACAAAAAAUGGCUAAAGGUAACCCCAGUCCUCGAGCCUACUAUCGGUGCACCAUGGCUGCUGGAUGCCCAGUUCGGAAGCAGGUUCAAAGAUGCGCAGAGGACAGUACAGUCCUAAUAACAACCUAUGAAGGUAACCACAACCACCCUCUUCCGCCGGCAGCCACCGCCAUGGCAAACACGACUUCAGCCGCAGCAGCCAUGCUACUAUCAGGAUCAAUCAUCAAUGCCCUACACAUCAAUGGCGACGCUAUCAGCUUCCGCGCCAUUUCCCACCAUCACUCUCGACCUCACACACAACCACCACAACGCACUCCAACUCCACCGUGUGGUCCCUCCUCCCGGUGUUACCUUCCCUCUCCCAUUGCAUGCAGUUACUCCUCCACAUCAGCUUAUAGCAGGGCACCCUUUCUUAAUCUCUCACCACCAGAAGCUGAUGCCUCCUUUGGUUCAUCGACAACAACCACAGCCUUCCAAUAAUUCCCCGUCUAUGGUGGAGACAGUGAGUGCAGCCAUUGCUUCGGAUCCAAACUUCACUGCGGCCGUGGCUGCGGCACUCUCAUCAAUCAUUGGAAGCAGUAACAAUGGUGGAAGUGCAAGUACCGUUAUUCACCCUAAUGCUAUUUCUGUUUCACCGAAUGGAUCACCGCAACUUCCUCAGUCAUGUACUACAUACUCUACCAACUAGCUUCUUCCAUUCAACACGACACGUGUCACCGCUAUCCUGCAAUUUUAUUUUCUUUAAUUUUCUCAUCAUAAUUAUAUUGCCUAGUUAACUUAAAAGUUAAAACCAAGGUAUAUAUGUACAGAAAUUAAAGAGAAUAUUACUUAUUAUACUCUUUCUAUUACGCAAACAGAUUAAAGAGUUAAGUUACUGCUC